UUCUUUGUUAUUGUCAGCUUGUGUAAUUUCAAAAUCUUUCGAUUGGAUGCCAGUAGUUAAAAUUUGUGCAAAAUAAUGCGGGGAGUGAUUAAUGCCCUUAAGAGUGCUGUAAGGGCAAACAAUUACACACCACUUUCUAGAAAUGGUAUUGUAAACUUUGACCGAUUUCGAUUGCCUGAAGUGCGCCAAUUUGCAGCACAAGCUUCACCGGCUUGUUGGAAUUGCCAAAAUAAAUCGGAAUUAAGGCAAAAUAUGAUAUGCUCAGACUGUGGACACUUGCAGGAUGUAAAUGCAGAAAUAAAUUACUUCAAAUUGUUGAGCUUUCCCACCCAGUUUUCUUUGGAGUCCCAGAAAUUAACGAAAAGUUUUCGUCAGUUGCAAACCAUUGUGCACCCAGACAAAUAUAGUAACAAAACCUCCCGCGAGCAAAGUAACUCUGCGGAUUGGAGUUCCCUGAUCAACAAGGCUUAUAAGACCCUUUCCACUCCCAUAGAACGUGGUCAGUACCUGCUUCAACUUGAAGGAGAACAGAUGCCCCAGGAUAACAGUGCUUUAAACAAGGAAUUUCUAAUGGCCAUGAUGGAACGGAAUGAGGAGGUCGAGGAUGCGGAUGAUAACCAAACUUUAGAAAACCUGAAUAGUCAACUAAUCAAAGAACUAGAGGCAAUGUCACAAAAAUUAAACACCCUCUUCGAAGCCAAAGAUCUUCAAGGAGUCAAAGGAACUCUAGUGGAGAUGAAGUACCUUCUGAGUAUUCAGAAGAGUAUCAAACAGAAGCAGCAAAGUUUGUUGGGCAGCUGAAAGCUUUAAUCGAUCAGACAAUCGGCUUUGAUCGCACACACACACACACAUUCACCUGUUGCUAUCAGCUGUUAAGUAAACAAAAACACCAAUUUCGUUUGUUUUAUAAUGUGAAUAAAAAUCGCGAACCAACGGC